CUUGCAACAAGCACCUGUGGACGCCUUGCACUGAUCUCUUCGUGUGUACAUGUGCAUCGGCACCGAACAGCCAACAUCACAUCAAACAUGGCAUGAACGACCUAAGCAUGAGCAACCGACCCGCACGUACAGGAUAAAGCGAAUGCAAAUUCACGGCACUAGAUCAGGUUGGCAGACACGAGAAUCGCACCCAGUCAGUUAGGGUAAUGCACACGCAACGGACAGCCAGACAGCCAGACAGACAGAUGGACAAAUACAUACGUGAGAGAUAGAGAGAGAUAUGACAUUCAUUCAGCGUUGUUGUGGGUCGAGAGCCUUCAUGGCCCGCUUGACAUCUUCCUCGAGCACCACUCCCCAGCUCUCAGCCAGCUGCAAGCAAGGCCAAACACACAACCGGUCCAACCGCUCUCCACAACAAACCGUCCUCUUGGUUGCCGUACCUUGGUCGCUUCUGCCAUGUAUGUUUGCGUACCACCGUCCGACUGCUCACGAGCCUUGAUGGCCAGCAGCACGGUGAACACCAACACGGCCUCCCGAACUAAGUGCUUGACACGCACACACACACACACACACAUGUGAGAGAGGCCUCUCUCUCGGUUGUGAUGGCCUGCGUACAGCCGAAGACGAUGCAGUUGUCGGUUCCGUGGAGGACCUUGCUGAUCACCUUCUUGGCGGCAUCUGUCACCUUGCCCACACCUGUCACCUGAUUGACCUCCACCAAAUCACGCACCACCUGACGCAUCCACAGACGAAGCACUUGCCGUAUCUUCUGCACACAUGUCGAUGAAUCGACCCCUACGUGGAUGUCGUGCUGGUGGAGCUCGAUAGACGUGUACGGUCCAACUGUUUCUUGAGGGUACAGCGAAUGCACCUGACAGACACACCACACACAUGGACAGACGAUGGAGUGUGGUCGCUCGGUAAAGGGAAAGCUGCAUGGCUGACCACAUCGAGGGAGGUCGUGUCGACACACGUACAGUCAUGCCGGCCGAGGUCCAUGCUCGUCUGGAGGGGCUCCGACCGGUCAGGCAGUGAGGGGCUGCAGUGUGGCACACCACUGAAAGAUGCAUUGGCCCUGGUGUUCCCUUUCAGCUAUGCCGAUACCGGAAGAACUUGUUGAGCUCGGCAUACGUGCGCUGCAGACAGACACACACGGAUCAGAAGAGAACAGUCAGCACUGCGACAGACCCACCUGGCGCGCUUCUGCAGUUUUCAUCUCCUGCUCUUCCUCCUGCAAACACCAUCACCAUGGCCAGCAGCAGCACAGCACCAUGGUCCGCUCACCGACCGGCGACAUUCCAGCAUCGACCUCGGGUGGCGUCGACUCAGGCUGCACACGCACAAUGAAGGAACACACAUGCAUGAGCAGGGCGCCUCGGAUGAGCCGCGUAUUCAUCUCCUCACCUCGCUCGCAUCCUCGGGAACCUGCUCGGGCUCUGCCGGAGAUGCCUCCACCUGGUCACACAAAGCACAGACGCCGAUGGAGAGGUGGCUGCCGCACCAUUGGGCACUCACCUGUGUGUCGGGAGCGUCAUCACUGGCCCCUUCUCCUACUAGCGGGACUGCAGCAGAUGAGGAACAUGUGAUGCAGCCACCCAUGUCCACCAGUUAAGACGCACGAC